CUGCGUCCCUUCAGAUGCAAAGAUUGCGACAAGACCUUCCUGCGCAAGCAGGAUCUGCGACGCCAUGAGAUUGUCCACGAUCCCAACUGCCCAGGCUACAAGUGCUCGCGCUGCGGAACGACCUUCACCCGAAGCGAUGCCCUCUUCCGCCAUGUCAAA